CUUAUUUCCUCAAUAUACAUGAAGUUUCUCAGUUGAUGAUUCUUUGGUACAUCACAACGGCGAUUCGGACCUGCGACUGCGAGUACUAAUUAUCGGUGUGGCAUUGCCUUCUGCGUAAGCAAAGUGGUUGCUCGUCAAUCGUCACGCCCUUUGGAGCUUUGCGAGAAGCUCGCUAGGGCUUUGAGAUUGAUGAUCUGUUAAAGCUGAAAGCUCCAAAGCCACGAUUUCAGCCACCGAGUACAGAUUCCUACAAUGCGGAGAUUCUUGACCCACAAGGCCAGAAGCCUCCUCCUCAGAACAGCUGCUUCUUCUACUCCUCCUCCUUAUCCUCUUCUUCCUGCAAUUGGAUUCUCUUCUUCUUCUUCUUCUUUGUUGCCGUCUCAAUAUGAUAUUAGUUACUUGGCGUCCCUGCGAUCUCCUUUUUCUUCUUCUGCGGAUUCAAUGGCGGCUUCGGAUUCGCCCAUCCCUCUCACUCUUGACACCAUCAAUCCCAAGGUUUUGAAAUGUGAGUAUGCCGUCCGUGGUGAAAUUGUCACCCUUGCCCAGAAAUUGCAGCAGGAGAUACAAGAAAACCCAAGUUCUCAUCCUUUUGAUGAGAUAAUUUACUGCAACAUUGGAAAUCCUCAAUCUCUAGGUCAGCAGCCAAUUACUUUCUUCCGAGAGGUUCUUGCACUAUGUGACCAUCCAGCCAUUUUGGACAGUAGUGAAACACAAGGCUUAUUUAGUACGGAUGCCAUAGAACGAGCUUGGAACAUCCUGGAUCAAAUUCCAGGGAGAGCAACUGGUGCAUAUAGUCACAGCCAGGGAAUCAAAGGGUUGCGUGACACUAUUGCUGCUAGCAUCGAAGAAAGAGAUGGUUUUCCUGCUGAUCCAAAUGAUAUUUUCUUGACGGAUGGUGCCAGUCCAGCGGUCCAUAUGAUGAUGCAGUUAUUGAUAAGAUCAGAGAAGGAUGGAAUUCUAUGUCCCAUUCCUCAGUAUCCUCUGUACUCAGCUUCAAUUGCACUUCAUGGUGGCACACUUGUUCCCUAUUAUCUUGACGAAGCAACAGGGUGGGGCUUGAAUAUUUCCGACGUGAAGAAGCAAUUAGAAGCUGCCAAGUCCAAAGGCAUUACUGUCAGAGCCUUGGUUGUAAUAAAUCCUGGCAACCCAACAGGGCAGGUUCUGGCUGAGGAUAACCAGCGAGCACUCGUUGAAUUUUGCAAGAAGGAAGGACUUGUUCUUCUGGCAGAUGAAGUAUACCAGGAAAACAUUUAUGUUCCUGACAAAAAGUUUCACUCCUUCAAGAAAAUUUCCAGGUCUAUGGGGUAUGGUGAGAAGGACAUAUCAUUGGUAUCUUUUCAGUCGGUCUCUAAGGGUUAUUAUGGGGAAUGUGGGAAAAGAGGAGGUUACAUGGAGGUCACUGGCUUUUCUCCUGAGAUAAGGGAACAAAUCUACAAAGUGGCAUCUGUGAAUCUUUGUUCAAAUAUCUCCGGUCAAAUUCUUGCCAGCCUAGUAAUGAGCCCUCCCAAGAUUGGAGAUGAGUCCUAUGAAUCCUAUUCUGCAGAAAAAAAUGACAUCCUUUCAUCCCUAGCAAGGCGUGCAAAGACAUUAGAAGAUGCACUGAAUAGUUUAGAGGGUAUAUCAUGCAACAAAGCAGAAGGAGCUAUGUAUCUUUUUCCUCGUCUUCACCUGCCUCAGAAAGCAAUAGAGGCAGCAGAAGCAGCAAAAGCAGCUCCAGAUGCAUUUUAUUGUCGCCGCCUCCUCAAUGCCACCGGAAUUGUUGUUGUCCCAGGAUCUGGCUUUGGUCAGGUCCCUGGAACCUGGCAUCUUAGGUGCACUAUACUCCCGCAAGAGGAUAAGAUUCCAGCGAUAGUCUCCCACCUGACAGAGUUCCAUGAAGGAUUUAUGGAUGAAUUCCGAGACUGAUCUAUCAUACAUGCUCUACCACUACUGCCUUCAACCUCCACUCUAGAGGGGUGGGUGGGUCGGUAAACGCCUUCACAUCUCGUUCAUUUUUUUGUGUGUGGAUGCGUGUUUCUCCUUUUUCCUUUUCACCUUACAGUUUUGCUGGUAGUUGGAUAAUUGCGACCUCUUAAGUUGGUAGAGUUUACAGGCUUUGGAGAGUAAUCUCUUUUGGAUUUUCUUUUGCUAAUUCAAAACAAACCAUCCAGCUAUGAGCUGAGCUGUUCGAUUUA